CCCUUUUAUACAAAUGCAAUUGUGAUGAACUUUUUGGUAGAACGCCAGAAAUAACGAUAGCUGUUCAAUUAAUGCAUCGAAGCCUUGCGAAAACGGCCUGCAAAUAUCUAAAAUGUGGCAAACAACCAUGUUUGCAGCAUGAUCUGCCAACAUUGCUUAGGAUGCCCUCGUUUUGAUAGUGAACAUAAAUGCGUAGAUUAUAAGGGGUAUUCUGCCAGAGCUGAAUCUGGAGACUGCAACGAGGGUGGCGAUCGUGGUUACCAAUGGAAGUGUGUGAUAUGCCAUAAUGCAAUUUGCAGUACAGACAACCCUAGCACAAAAGAAAGUUUACUUGUUUUAAUCAACGCUAUCGCAGAGAAGUUUGAAUUAGUAAAUAAAAUACAGAUUCCGAAAUUGAACAAUGACUUGAUGCAUAUAAAAUCAUUAACUGAACAUAUAGUGAAACAAAAUGAAGAUAUCCUUCUGAAGGUUGCUGAACUGGACAAGAGAACAAAAAUUGAACUUGAAACCAAAACAAAAAUUAAAAAUGAAUGUCGUGGUGACGGCUCUCGGUCUCAUCACAAACCCACUUAUCGUAAAAGAAGUUUCACCAUUGCGUCAAAACCAAAAGAAAGUGCGAAUAAGUAUAACAAAAAAGGGGAGAAGGAAUUGGUUACAUCUGUGUCCUUGUCUGAGAAAAAUCUUCGCUUUAGUACUCGACGAAGAUCUUAUGCUUUACAUAAGAUGUUUCUUUUAAUCAACAACAGAAAUCGACAAAGAAGCUCUAGGCAGAGAUGUAGUAAUAUUUGAAAAAUAAAAAA